CGCUCAGCUUCGGUGUUUGGAAAUCGGGAAGAGGAUAAAAAUGAUUUAAAAGCAGCACCGCGGACAGCCGAGGGACGGGACUCGGGGGAGGGGGGGGUUCUCGCUUUGUGGUAGCACAUAUGGACCUUCAACUUCCAACUAAAAGGCGCCCCAAAAAGAAGUAAAUAUGCGGCUAGUGUCGGCAAAGAAGUAGGAGCUCUGUUUGUUUUGGUUGCAGUGGGGGGGAACUAAGGAGUGUAAACACGGCAGAGCAAAAGCGUACUGCUUGCUGUGUGAUCGCCUUGAGAGUGGAUCUGCCGAGCUGAGAGCCUCUCUGAACGGCAGGAAGCCUCCCUCAGUGGUGGUGCGACGAUGACCGAGCUGGUUGCCAAGUGGGCCUGUGAAUACUGCACAUACGAGAACUGGCCGUCAGCUAUCAAGUGCACCAUGUGCCGUGCACAGAGGCCCAGCGGGGGUGCCAUCAUUACUGAGGAACCCUUCAAGAGUAGCCCUGCUCUGGAUGCCAGUCUACAUCAGUGGGACCCUGCAGGCCUAAGCAACAGCCCAUCCCAGGGGGGCUCCAGCUUACUUAUUUGUCCGGACUCCAGUGCUCGACCCCGUGUGCGCAUCGCUGAUGUACCUGAAACGAGUAGCAAGUGGUCCUGCCAAAUGUGCACCUACCUGAACUGGCCUCGUGCCAUCCGUUGCACGCAGUGCCUGUGCCAGAGGCAACAGGCUCAACAGCAGCAGCACGGACAACACGCAACCCAUCAAGGACAUCAUACCCAGCAACCACGCAGCCCCACAGAGUCACCCCAGACCUCAGGUUCUGGAUGCCGCCCUGCUCCCUCAACCACCACUACAGACCCCUGUGAGGAAUAUAAUGACCGUAACAGGCUCAACACUCAUUCACAGCACUGGACCUGCACUGCCUGCACUUACGAGAACUGGUCCAAGGCACUCAAAUGUGUCGUGUGCGACCACCCCAGGCCGAACAGCCUGCUAGCUGAACCCAUCGAACUGGCAUCAGAACCUGAGAGCCAACAAACUUCUUCAAAACUUAACGAACAGGACAGGGACAACAGGAGGGGUGUUGUUGGGCAUGUGGUUGGACAAGGGGUAGUGGGUGUGGUAGGUGGGGUGGGGGGUUGUAGCAGCAGUCAAAGGAGGUCUCCCCCGACCUCGAAACGGGAGUCAGAGGUGAACAUGGACUUUCAGAGGAUCGAAGUGGCAUCAGGGGCUGGGAUUGGGAGCAAAGAGGAGCUGGAGGUGGAUUUCAAAAAACUGAAGCAGAUUAAGAACAGGAUGAGAAGGACUGAUUGGCUGUUCCUCAAUGCCUGUGUUGGUGUGGUGGAAGGUGAUCUGGCAGCUGUGGAGGCUUACAAGUCGUCAGGGGGUGACAUCGCCAGGCAGUUAACGUCAGACGAGGUGCGCCUUUUGAAUCGUCCCUCUGCAUUCGAUGACGGCUUCACGCUGGUUCACCUCGCCAUCCGCUUCCAGAGACAGGACAUGCUGGCUGUGCUGCUCACUGAGGUGUCCCAACAGGCAGCCAAGUGUAUCCCGGCCAUGGUGUGUCCUGAGCUAACAGAGCAAAUCCGUCGUGAGGUAGCGGCCUCUCUUCACCAGCGAAAGGGAGACUUCACCUGCUAUUUCCUCACCGACCUAGUGACAUUCACUCUACCUGCAGACAUCGAGGACUUACCCCCAGCCGUUCAGGAAAAACUCUUUGAUGAGGUGCUGGACCGAGAUGUGCAAAAAGAACUCGAGGAAGAGUCUCCCAUCAUUAACUGGUCUCUGGAGCUCGGAACGAGGUUAGACAGCCGGCUGUAUGCCCUGUGGAACCGGACAGCUGGGGACUGUCUGCUGGACUCUGUGCUGCAGGCUACAUGGGGCAUCUACGACAAGGACUCAGUGUUGCGCAAGACCCUCCACGACAGCCUGCACGACUGUUCUCACUGGUUUUACACGAGGUGGAAGGAGUGGGAAUCGUGGUAUUCCCAAAGUUUCGGCCUGCACUUUUCACUGCGGGAAGAACAGUGGCAGGAAGACUGGGCUUUCAUCCUCUCGCUGGCAAGUCAGCCGGGAUCCAGCUUGGAACAGACCCAUAUUUUCGUUCUUGCACACAUACUUCGAAGGCCAAUAAUCGUCUACGGAGUGAAGUAUUACAAAAGUUUCCGUGGGGAGACACUUGGGUACACCCGUUUUCAAGGUGUGUACUUGCCCCUUUUGUGGGAGCAAAGUUUCUGUUGGAAGAGUCCCAUCGCGCUGGGCUACACGCGGGGCCACUUCUCAGCACUGGUAGCCAUGGAGAACGACGGCUUUGACAAUCGUGGCGCAGGCGCCAACCUCAACACGGACGAUGACGUGACAGUCACGUUCCUGCCGCUGGUCGACAGCGAGAGGAAGCUGCUUCACAUUCACUUCCUCUCAGCGCAGGAAAUGGGUAAUGAAGAGCAACAAGAGAAGCUGCUGCGGGAGUGGUUGGACUGCUGUGUGACGGAGGGUGGGGUCCUGGUGGCUCUCCAGAAGAGCUCCCGCCGUCGCAACCACCCGCUCGUCACCCAGAUGGUGGAGAAGUGGCUGGACGGCUACCGGCAGAUCCGCCCCUGUGCCUCUUUGUCUGAUGGCGAAGAGGAGGAAGACGACGACGAUGAGUGACAAAACUGAAGCGGGGAGGGGAGGCGGUCUAGAGGUGGCCUCCACUUCCCCCCCAGCCCCCCCAUCUCUCUCUUUCUCCUACAGUUUUCCUUUGUUUUUUGUUUUUCCUUUCCUGACACGGACAAACUGUGAAAGCCUUCAGGAGAGGACGGGGAACCGCGAGCCCCCACCCAACCUUCCACCUCUAACAGAAGACAUUUGCAACCCUCCGAGCACACGCAGGCACUCGUACAUACACGUAAAAAACACACAUUGAACACAGACAAAUCUCAGACUGACGUACUCCACUGCUGCAAAACACAGAUUCCGGGAGACAAUAAAGGUUUACGAAUGCAAA